AUGGCAGCCAGAGAUUCCAAUAUUGCAGGAAGAGGAGAUCUUAUUAAAAAUGUUGCAAUCAUCUUUGGAGUUACUGGGCUUGUUGGGAAGGAAUUGGCUAGAAGGCUGAUCUCGACAUCCAAAUGGAAGGUUUAUGGUGUAGCUCGCAAUCCUGAGAUAAAACCAAUCCAAAGUUGUAACUAUCAUUUCAUUUCAUGUGACCUGUUGGAUCCUUUAGAGACUCAGAAAAAGUUGAGUUUGUUGAGAGAUGUUACACAUGUGUUUUGGGUCACUUGGGCUAAAGAGUUUAUGUUUGAUGCUCAAGCUUGUUGUAUUCAGAACAAGGGCAUGAUGUCCAAUGCCUUGAAUGCGAUUCUCCCAAAAGCCAAGGCCUUGAAACAUGUGUCCCUCCAAACUGGAAUGAAGCAUUAUGUGUCACUUCAAGGCCCUUUUAUUGACAAGGAAAUUCGGUUUUACAGUGAAGAAUAUCCAAGACCAAGAGCAACCCAACAUUUUUAUUAUGAUUUAGAAGACUUGCUCAAGGAGAAACUUGCAGGAAAAGUGGGUUGGUCUGUGCACAGGCCCGGCGUGUUGAUGGGCAGUUCUUGCAGAACUUUUUAUAACUUCAUGGGAAGUUUAUGUGUCUAUGGAUCAAUUUGCAAACAUUUAAAGCUACCCUUUUUGUUUGGAGGGACGAGAGAGUCUUGGGAAGAGAUGUGCAUCGAUGGCUCGGAUGCUCGGCUAGUGGCGGAACAACACAUUUGGGCAGCCACAAAUGAGGAAGUUUCUUCCACUGAUGGCCAAGCUUUUAAUGCAAUCAAUGGUCCAAGAUUUACAUGGAAGGAGAUCUGGCCAAGUCUUGGACUCAAGUUUGGUUUACAAGUGCCUCAAAACAUGUUCUUGGAGGAGUUUACAUUCACAAAAGCCAUGAGUGACAAGCAACAAGUAUGGAAAGAAAUUGUGGAAAAGAAAGGACUAAUUGAAACGGAGAUGGAAGAUUUGGCCAACUGGGCAUUCUUGGAUAUCCUGUUUCGUUGUCCUGUGAAAAUGUUGGGUACCAGAGAUAAAGCUGAUAGAUUUGGGUUCAAAUUGAAGUACAACACAUUGGAUUCAAUCUUGUAUUGGAUUGACUCCAUGAGAGAUGAAAAACUAGUUCCUUAAGAGAGGUGGGGUUUGACUUCAUUUUGGAAUCAAAAAAAAAAAAAAAAAGUUUGGGAGAGAAAGUGGUGCACCACACAGGAGAUGGAAAUUAUUAGGAGGUGGGUUUCUACAGGAUCUUUGCAUGU